AUGAAUGAUGAUCAACAACAAUGGACAUCAACGUUCGAACGGUUGUUUAAUUCAUAUCAACGUUAUAAUGAACUUCGACGAAAGGACGAUGCUAUCAAGUAAUUAUUUUCGAUAAAACAAAAAGAAAAAAAAAAACUCUUUCUUUAGAGCAUGAAAUAAUAUGUAAGUUAAGGGCAGACACAUAUUCGACCUUUUUUUAGGAUGUAUGUUAAGGAAUGAAAUUCUUCUUCUCUUCCUUCUCUUUUAUGAGUGAGUUCAUCACAUACAUAUAUGAAAGACGAAUGAGAAAUGAUGAUAAAUUGAGUUCACACUUAAACUGAUCGAAGGCCAUUCAUUUUCAAUGGUGUCCAAUUUCGAGAUUUGAAUGUCUUCUCACAAAAUGUAAUCUAAUCCAAACUACUUGCACAUUUCUUCAUCAUCUUUAUUUUGUGUGAGCAUCAUAAAACGAGACAGAGAUUUGGACAUCUUAUUUUAUUCAAAGACCUUGUUUUAAGCUCAGUCAACCACA